GUCCUUGACAGCCGGCGAGGCUUUGAAAGUCUCGAGUCUGACUCCAGUGCAGGAGAGACCAUGUCCGCCGUCACAGGCACACUGUACUCACCUCCACUCUCAUUUAAAACUCAUUCUCCAUGAAAUAACAGUAACGCGGGGCCUCAAGGAUGGCCAACUCGGGGGCUGUUCAGGUGAAGCUCGAGCUCGGUCAUCGUGCCCAGUUCCGGAAGAAGCCCACCGUGGAGGGUUUCACCCACGACUGGAUGGUGUUCGUCCGGGGACCGGAGCACAGCAACAUCCAGCACUUUGUGGAGAAAGUCGUGUUUCACCUGCACGAGAGCUUCCCUAAACCAAAAAGAGUGUGCAAGGAUCCACCGUACAAAGUGGAGGAGUCCGGAUACGCCGGCUUCAUCUUGCCUAUUGAAGUUUACUUCAGAAACAAGGAAGAACCGAAGAAAGUUCGCUUUGAUUACGACCUGUUCCUCCACCUGGAGGGCCACCCCCCGGUCAAUCACCUUCGCUGUGAGAAGCUCACCUUCAACAACCCAACGGAGGAGUUUCGUAGGAAGCUACUGAAAGCCGGAGGGCAACGGGAUCCUCACAAACGAAGUUCAGAAGACUCAAAAGUGAUGGUGAUGCAGGAGGGCUCCACCUCCCUGUUCAGCCACAACCUGAAGCUGCCUACGCUCCCCAACAGCUCGCUGACAUCCACCUUCUCUGACCCAAAGAAGAGCAAAAGCUUCCACGGGUCAAAGGAUGGCUCCAAAGGAAGCAGCACCACCCUUCUCACCACCGCCACAACCACCAACACCAACAGCAGCAGCAGCUUCUCAAAACUCCACAAACCCUCCAAGGACCACAAAGACAAGACUCCAAAAGACUUGAAAGAGCCAAAAAGUGCCUUCAGAGACUCUGGCUGGGAACCCAGCAAAGCCCCCAAAGAACCUUCCAGGAAACCCAAAGAGAACCAACCACUUAGAGAUAUGAACCCUAAGAUGGGCUUUAAGGAACCCAAGUCUUUGUCCAAGGAGCAUCGGACUGAGGGAACGACCCACGGCUCGUCGCUAAACAAGCGACUGCCCACCCUCGAUAGUGACGAUCAUGUGACCAAAAAACGUAAAAAGGGAUUUGUGGAUCCAUCAGGGAAGCAUACAUCAGGGCCCGAAUCUCAACAUUUGGAUAAGAAGCUCUUGAAGGAUAGAUCACAGAUGCGAAUAAGUAAACAGCGAGCAGAAGGCGACGAGGCCGAGCACAGGAAGGUGUUGACACUUCCGCCAUUCCAGGAACUGGUGGACCCCAAUGACUCUGAUAUGGAGGACCAGUCCACCAAAUCAGAUUCAGAGCAACCCAGUCCAGCCAGUUCCAGCUCCAGUUCAGGCUUUGCUCACACACGCCACAAACGACAAGUGGUGGACUUCAUCAUCAGGAAAAGGGUGGCUAUUCCUGCCACCACCCACACAGUGCUGGGCCCACUGCAGUCGGUCAUGCAGGAUCUGCACUCAGACGACAACGAUGAAGAUUCAGACAACGACAACGACCGUGACAUGGACUCUGACAGCGAGCGGCCAGCGCACACACAUCUUACACACCACCAACGCAGGGUCAGUUUGAGUGACGGCAGCGAGAGCGACAGCUCCUCACCCUCACCCCCAUGCCGCAAUGAAGCCCCCCCCUUACUAAAGACUACUAACAACCAGAUCCUGGAGGUGAAGAGUCCCAGCAAGCAGGACAAGAACAGGAACUUGCGUACCUGGACGAGCUGGUGGAACUGCACAAAAGACUGAUGACGCUCAGAGAAGGUCAUAUCCUGCAACAGAUUGUGAACCUGAUUGAAGAGACGGGACACUUCCACAUCACAAACACUACGUUUGACUUCGACCUUUGCUCCUUGGACAGAAGCACAGUCCGGAAGCUGCAGAGCUACCUGGAGACGUCCGGACUGUCCUGAGCCCCGGAGCUACCUGGAGACGUCCGGACUGUCCUGAGCCCCGGAGCUACCUGGAGACGUCCGGACUGUCCUGAGCCCCGGAGCUACCUGGAGACGUCCGGACUGUCCUGAGCCCCGGAGCUACCUGGAGACGUCCGGACUGUCCUGAGCCCCGGAGCUACCUGGAGACGUCCGGACUGUCCUGAGCCCCCCGGAGCUACCUGGAGACGUCCGGACUGUCCUGAGCCCCCCGGAGCUACCUGGAGACGUCCGGACUGUCCUGAGCCCCCCGGAGCUACCUGGAGACGUCCGGACUGUCCUGAGCCCCGGAGCUACCUGGAGACGUCCGGACUGUCCUGAGCCCCGGAGCUACCUGGAGACGUCCGGGCUGUCCUGAGCCCCGGAGCAGCGGGCUGCUGGAUCUCGGUCUCCACGUAGACGUUGGAUUUUUCUUCAACAAACUCCAACUUUGGAUGCAAAGUAAAGGCCCGCUGUGGGCGGGUCCAGUUGCUGUGUCCAGCCUGCUGAUUGGACCAGGGCCACGUGUUGGGGGGUAGGGGGGGUGAGCCCUGUGGAUCAGGAGAUCACCCAGAAAGCCUUGAAACGUCACUUGAUUUAUAAAACAAUUAAAAAAAAAAAACAAGUGAGGAGUGGCCAACUUGUUGCUCUUAAUGAAUGUGCAUAUUUUUACCAUUUAUGUUCUUUGAUUUAUUGUUCGUUGGGACAAAUGCAUGGUCGACAUCGCCUUACUACAUUGUAAGUUUUAUUUAUUGAAGUGUGUGUGUGUGUGUGUGUGUGUGUGUGUGUGUGUGUGUGUGUGGGGGGGGGGGGAACGGAGGCGCUGGUACUGUACAGCCAAGUCCAUGUUGCAACCCCCCAAGGGGUAGUGUAAAAAAAUAAUGCUCCAGCUGUUAUUAUCACCCUCUGCCUCAUGGAUCUGACCAAUCAUUUUCACUGAAAUGUCUUUUUCUACAAACAAACUUCAUCCUGACACACAGUGGCUUUGAAUCCCUCUUACAAGGAAGCUUGUGGUUAUUGAUUUCAUAUUUCUAUUAUUGCAUUUGAUCCAAAACCCAACUCGCAGACUCAUUAGAUUAACGUGAGCAUGUGGACUCCACAUGCAGGAGGGAGGUCGGUUUUCCACACCAGCACGUCUGAAGUGCAACAUCAUUUGGCAGUUUUUUAUUCCCGUAUUGUGACACUGUAGAAACCAGACUGGAGCGAGCUGAGCACGAAGGACUAAAGUGAACGUUGUCGUGCUGUCGGUACCAAAUCCAGGACUAAUGUGCUGCACCAGGUCCUGCUCAGCUACAGGGCCAGACGCAUAGUUAAUAGACCCGCUUGGUUUAGGACACGACUACUGCUGGGGGAAGUCCUUCUCUCUUUGUAGACCAGACCGAGCCCUGCAAGAGGGAAAGGGGGGAACAAAGUCCCAGCGUGCGGUCCGACAGCUCCUGCAUUUCUGAAACGUGUGAAACAUUUUGGUUAGAUUUAACAAAUGAGAGAGAGCCAAAAGGGGGUUUUUGGCCGACGAGUACUGUUACGGGUGUCUUUUAUUUAUUUUGUGGGUGUUUGAGUUGCAUCCGUUCUCCCAGGAGAACGCCUCGGUUAGAUUUUUAAAGUUCAGGAUUCACCUCGAAGGGCUUCCUCACCCUGUGUUCUGUCUUAUGGGUUCGUGUGUAUUUUGAGGACAUACAAUAAAUAUUCUGUAUGAUGUACAGAGGAGUUA